AAGUUAAUUGAGUGUUGUGGAUUAUUUCAAGAUCUUUGGAUCAUCCCUACGCUCCCCAACGUUACCGGAAGAAAUUAUGAGCGUCGAUCAUUUCUCGUUCAGCUCGUUCGAGAUCAUAGCGCAGUGCUGCAUAUGUUGAAACGGAUACCGGCAACCUCAAGAGGCAUCGAUUUUCCUUGUAUUUUCGACUAUUCAACGAUAAUCGAACUGAUCCAAAGUGAUUGAACAACACGAGUAAGUUAGGCAUCAUACACGAAGAACGUGUCCCAUCGUCUGGGAUUGUUUGUUUAUUCUCUCCUUUUUUUUGUAUAUUUGCUCGUGUCGCAGCAUGUGAGAUUAGUGUAGCGCUGUCUCAGCAAAUCCUGUAACGUUGUAACACGAUACUCACGUAUCAGAAAUCUAACCACAAAGUACUGGUGAGUUACAUGGAACAUUGGUAGUAGACGAUUUAAGAAAGCUUCAAAAGUUUCUGAAGCUUAUCGAACAUAUCAAGGCAUCCAUUUCCUUCCUGCAACGAUAUUGAAUCGUAAAACGCUUUUUUCUGGUUAAUUUUAAAUAGAAAAAUUUCUAUUAUUUUUGACAAUGGAUGACAAUUGGGAAAGUGAUAAUAAAACAUCAUCAAGAAGAUAUGAUCGAGGUUAUGAUCAUAGGAGAGGAAAUAGAAGGGAACGAGGAAGUCAAUUUUAUAGACGCUCUAACAGAUCAUUUGGGGAUAACAAUGACUCGAAUAAACAAAGUUACAAUAAUGAUUCAUAUAGAAAGAGUGAUGAAAAGUCAAAUAGUACAAAUGGAUUGGUUAUGUAUAUUGAUAGCAAUAACAUUGGAAGACUCAUCGGGAGGGGUGGCAGCAAAAUUAAAGCUCUACAAGAAGAUAGUGGUGCUAGAAUUAAUAUCGACAAACAACAUAAUGAAAAUGGACAGAGUGCUGUGACAUUAACUGGUACAGAUAAUGCACAACAACGAGCUAAAAGUUUAAUAGAGGAGUUAUUAAUUGAAAGAGGUGGAACUGAAAGAAAUAAUACACACGAAAAUGAAUCUGCGCAAAAAAUAUCUCAGCCUGAGGAAAAGGAAGAAAUUGAUUGGGCUAAUUUUGAUUGGAACAAGGCUAAUGAAGAAUAUGAGGAGCGUCAGAGGCAAAAAUGGGCGGCUUUACCUCCUAUUAUAAAAAAUUUUUACAAAGAAGAUCCAGCCAUUGCUAAUAUGCCACAGUCAGUGGUAACUCAUUUCAGGAAAACUAACAAUAACAUAGAAGUUAGACAUGUUUUUGAGAACACAGGAGGUUCUGAUGAAAACAUGAAAAUACCAAAUCCUGUGCAAACUUUUGAACAAGCUUUCCAUGCGUUUCCAGAUAUCCUUAAGGAAAUACGAAAACAAAACUUUGAAAAACCAAGUCCUAUACAAUGUCAGGCGUGGCCUAUUCUACUGAGUGGUCAGGAUCUCAUUGGUAUAGCGCAAACUGGAACAGGAAAAACUCUUGCUUUUUUACUGCCUGCUUUGAUCCACAUCGAUGGGCAAGUAACUCCACGCGACGAACGUUCUGGGCCAAAUGUUCUUGUUAUGGCUCCAACAAGAGAAUUGGCAUUGCAGAUCGAAAAGGAAGUAGGAAAAUAUUCUUAUCACGGCAUUAAAGCGGUGUGUGUAUACGGUGGUGGAAAUCGCAAAGCACAAAUAGACACUGUGACAAAAGGUGUGCAAAUUGUAAUUGCAACUCCCGGAAGAUUAAACGAUUUGGUUCAAGCAAAUAUAUUGGAUGUGUCGGCUGUGACGUAUCUUAUACUCGAUGAAGCAGAUCGUAUGUUGGACAUGGGUUUCGAACCUCAAAUUCGUAAGACUCUUCUAGGUGUACGACCAAAUAGACAAACUAUCAUGACAAGCGCUACGUGGCCCCAGGGUGUAAGACGCUUAGCCCAGUCAUACAUGAAAAAUCCGAUUCAAGUAUUUGUUGGAUCACUUGACUUAGCAGCUGUUCAUUCUGUAACACAGAGGAUUUACAUGAUUAAUGAAGACGAGAAAAUAGAUAUGAUGCAUCAGUUUUUCCAAGAAAUGGGUCCUCAAGAUAAAGUCAUAGUAUUUUUCGGUAAGAAAUCAAAAGUGGACGAUGUCUCUAGUGAUCUGGCUUUAACGAAUAUCGAUUGUCAGAGUAUUCAUGGCGAUAGAGAUCAAUCAGAUAGAGAACAAGCAUUAGAAGAUCUGAAGACUGGAGCCGUUCAGAUCCUUCUCGCAACCGACGUGGCUAGUCGAGGAAUCGAUAUUGAAGAUAUUACACACGUACUGAAUUAUGACUUCCCACGGGAUAUAGAGGAAUACGUUCACCGAGUCGGUCGUACUGGACGCGCAGGUCGAACAGGUGAAAGUAUCACUUUUAUGACAAGACAGGAUUGGCACCAUGCUAAAGCACUCAUUGAUAUUCUUGAAGAGGCUAAUCAGGAAGUACCUGAGGAAGUAUAUAAAAUGGCUGAAAGAUAUGAUGCAUGGAAAAAGAAAAAAGAACAAGAAGAUCCAUACGGAAGAGGCAACAGAGGCGGUAGACGCGGCUAUCGUAGGAUGUAAAAUGAUUAAUUAAUGAUGCUAAGACUUAGGUUACAUUGUGUUUAGUAUAAUCAAUACCAGAUUUAACACAUACACAUUGUGAUACUAUUUUUAGUCCAUACAACUUUGAAAAGACUAAUUUCAUAAAACAAAACAGUAUU